AUUCUGACGUCUGAUGGUCCUCGAUGAUGGUGGGUGUGUUUACAUUGACGUCACAGCAGUUUGCGGAUAGAAGGGGUGAGUGGAAAAUGUCUCUAUAGUGUUUUUCUGUCAAAACACGAUAAUUGAACCAGAUUCAAUAUUUUGAUGAUGUUCAACUCGACACCGCUAUAACUGUCAGUCAAAGGCGAGUAAACAUCAACCCCAGCUGUCCAUACAGAUAUGAUAAAUCAUUGAGGAAGUGCUAACGAGUUAGCCUCGACGGCUAACUUCAGGGUUCGAGUAAACAAGAAACUUAAAGCUAAUGGUUGAUUUUUCUGUCAUUUAGAUUAAACGUAUAUCGCCCUUGUUUGUUUUUAAAUGUUUAACAAAGUUGUUUAAAGGCUGCAGCAUUGUGUGUUUUCAUAUCACUCGACUACUGUCGACAACCUGCUGCUGUAAAUAGGGCUGGGCGAUAUGGGAAAACAUUAUCAUGAUAUAUUUUUUUUUAUAUCAGCCGAUAUCGAUAUAUAUCACGAUAUAAAAUGAAGUUCAACAGGAGCAUGUCUUUUGCAAUACAAUAAGCUACUGCUUAUUGAAGAUGUACUAAAAUCUGACACAAUUAUCACAUGUUUUCAUUGAGGUAAAAAAAAAAGAAAGAAAUGUCCCCAUUUUUCGUUACUGUUAAAUUUUAUUUUAUUUCAUUUUUUUUUCCAAAUGUUAUUUGAAUUAACAAUAUUUUGUUCAUUUCAAUUUGAAAUUAAAUACAUAACAAUCUUCUACGAACUCAUCCGAGGAAAUAACUGCCUGCACUUGUAACAGCACAAACACAUAACAAAUUAACAAGGUAAAAAAUAUAUAAAAUAAAAUAAAAAUAAUAACAGGGGGUGACAUUUCAACAAAAAGUGCUUUAAGCGUGUUAAAGAAAUAGGACUAAAUUUAAAGAGCAAGAGACUUUGACAUUGUCUGAUACAGUUCAUUCGUAGACUGAUUUUUCCUCUGACAACACCUUUAGCGAUGUUAUAUAGCUUUUAAUUUCAUUCUUAAAACUGUUUAUUGUGGGUUUGCUGUUGUUCCAUUUAUUCUUGUGUAUAUGAUAUUUUCCCAUAAUGAAAAUAAUGUUUACCAUUUGGAUAUAUUUUUAACAGACCAUUCUUAUAGAUCAACACUUGAAAAUUGUUAAACAGCGAAUCAUUAAUCUCAAUAUUUAACCAUCGAUAAACAUCUUUCCAAAGCAUCAUUGUGACCGAACAAGAGAAGAAUAGGUGUUCAGUUGUUUCGUGUUCUGUCAUACAAAAAACCUUUUCCUUAGAGUUUUAGCAGCAGGAUAAAUACUGUUUAUUAAUUUGAACUGAAUUUCUUUUACCUUGGGUGAAAUUGGCCAUUUAAGAUAGCUACAAUGAGUGCUUGUUAAUGUCACUUCAUUUUCUGUUAUCUUUAUUUUCAUUGACUUUUGAAUGGAAUAGCUUUUCUUUAUACACACAUCCAAGUGCUUUGUUAUGACAUUUUCUUUUGCCCAAUUUCAAUUCAUCAUUUUUUUAAAUCAGGUAGUUUAAUAGACACAUUUAAAUUUAAAGAGAUACUGUUAAAUUUUGGCUAUGUUGAGGAACCAGUAUGUUAUGGAACCAAGAAGUUGUAUUAAUUUCUUGAUGACCAUAUGUUUCUUGUUUCCUAUAAAUCUCUUUCAGAACAAGCUUGGAUACAUUUCCGUCAUGUUUCAUGGGAUACCAGUCACAGGAGGUGUGGGAGGAGGUAUGGUGUUUACAAAAAUAUGAAGUCUUCAUUCUUUUCAGCAGUCAUACUGGUUUUGUAACUCAAGGCAUUGUAUUCUCAAAUUUCUCACAGCUCCAGCAAAUAAGCCUGAGUUAUAUGAGGUAAUUGAAACUAUUUUUUGUUUAAUUUUGGCUUUUUUAAGGUGUUUUCACUUGUCACACAAGGCUAAUUGAAUGACCUUUAAACUCAGGAUUUUUUACCUUUUUUGAGGAUAUUUUGAAUUCCAACACAAAUAUUUGCUUAAAUGCCUUUAGCAGAUCAAAUCUGAAACAUUCACCAUCCUAUACAGGAGUUAAGGGUGCAAGAAAACACACCCAGGAGGGAAAAUACUUAAGAUUUAAAACAUGAUCAAAAUAUUGUUUUGUUUUCUUUUAUCAGGAAGUGAAAUUAUACAAAAACGCCAGAGAAAGAGAGAAGUAAGUAUGAUUUAAAUCAUCCUGCAGAUUUAUCCUGUUAAGAACAAACAGUAACCCUUGGUAUCACUGCAGUUCUAACACCUGGUUAUCAACUCUGUUAUUUUAAGGUAUGACAACAUGGCAGAGUUGUUUGCUGUCGUUAAGACCCUUCAGGCCCUGGAGAAAGCUUACAUCAAAGACUGUGUCACACCCAAUGAGUGAGUCAUGCUUUAUUUAUGUUUUUUCUUUUUUUUCUAAGACUGAUGAAUGCCACAUGUGACUGUAUUUUAACACUUUUCAUAACCUGCAAAUGUUGUAUUUUCAGGUACACUGCUUCUUGCUCCAGACUCUUGGUUCAGUAUAAGGCUGCUUUUAAACAGGUCCAGGGCUCUGAUGUUGGUUCCAUUGAUGAUUUCUGCAGGAAAUACAGAGUGAGUGCUUGUUUGGGGCACAGAUGACAUUAUCUACUAGUCUGAUUUUGUUUUGUAAAUAUUAUUACAAACAUGUCCAACUAUCUCUCUUAUAGUUUGCUUCAAUUUGGGGUUUUGCUCAGUAAACAAGAAGACUUGCUUUUACUAUUAAAACAGGCAAUAUAUUCAAAUUUGCAUAUCUAAAGUAGGACAAUUUACUGUACAAUAUUGGACUUUUUGGAUAAUGAUAAAGUCAAAGACCGGUACAAAAAUACUCUACCACAUCAUUUCAAAUCAUAACCAAUCAUCAGAGAGGGUAAGUGCUUGACUGAGUGCUUCAUUUUCAUCACUGGUUUGGUGACAACAUUUUAAAUAUUGUACUGCAGUUGAGACAUAAUAAAUGUUAAAAGAUUCCUUGUUGAUUGCAAUCAGCCAUAAAAUGUAUUCAAUCAUUGUUUCAACCCCUUUAAAUACAGAACUGUUGUUAUGUUUAUUUUUGUUCUAGCUUGAUUGCCCACUAGCCAUGGAAAGGAUUAAGGAGGAUCGUCCAAUCACCAUCAAGGAUGACAAGGGGAACCUGAACCGCUGCAUUGCAGAUAUAGUUUCUGUACGUCCUCUAUCCUCUCCAUCAUAUUAAACUGUCAAGCCUAAUUUAGGCCUACAUGGGACAUCUGCCAAAAUGAAAACUUGCUGUUUUUUUAAGAUGAUUUAGUGGGAUCAGUUCAGGCCUGAGUGGCUGAAGUGGUUUUACUUAAUUUGGCGCAUCCUCUGCUCAGUCACUGUAGAGAAAGAGGGUGUGCUGCCAGCUGGAUCCACUGCCAGCAUCUAUCUUGUCCCAUAAAAUCAGACACACCAAUAAAAGCAGUGGUCAGAUGGCUUCACAGUGGAUCAGGCUGUGUUCUCAGUUUGUUGUACUGAUGAUACCAAAAUCCUGAAAAAAUCAAAUCGAUAUCUUCUUAUUUCAUAUUUUCUUCCAUCAUUUCUUGCUUUUAGCUCUUCAUCACUGUAAUGGACAAGCUGAGACUGGAAAUCAGGGCCAUGGAUGAGGUAAUUUUUUUAGAUAUAGUGUGAAAACUGAUGUUAAAUGUGUUCAUAUUCAUAUUAAUGGAUUUAUAUACAGCAGAUUUAAAGUAUCUCACUGAUUCUUUGAUUGGACCAGAUCCAGCCAGACCUGAGGGAACUGAUGGAAACCAUGAACAGGAUGAGCAACAUGCCUCCAGAUUCAGAGGCCAAAGACAAAGUCAGCCUCUGGUCAGUGACAUUGCCCUCCAUCCCAGUUAACUGUCUUAAUAUUUUUUUUAUUUCUUGUAGCAGUUCACUGGAAGAUAUUUAGGGGACACCCAUACAUUCUCAAGCAGAAGAGUCCAAAAAAAUGGGUUUUAAACUGUGGGUUCAUGCAUAUUAGUAAUUUAAGUAAAACCUCAUCCAAACAGAUUUGUUUAAGGGGAGGUCGAGACGUAAGUUGCUCUUUAUUUUGCAUUAUUGCUGGUCAAAUGCUUUAUAAACGGGGGCUGUAAGUAAUAAAUUUUAUUUUUCCUUAUCAUCAAGAAUUCCUCCGCAGAAAGAUCAUGAAGCAAAUCAGAUAACUUUGUUGAAGCAUCACACCAGUCAUGCAGGACAAACCAUGGAUUACUGAGUUGUGUUUUGAAACAAAUCUCAGUGUACGUGUCUGUUUCUAGAUAGUAGAGUGUGAUAUUGAGGUCCAACAACAAGUUUCAGAUGCAUGUUUUUCAUGAAAGCUUAAGCCUGCUUCAUUUAUAUCCACCAACAGUCUUAAAAAACUAUAACUUGGUAUUAAAGAUGUAAAAUUUUUGCACAGUAAUUCUCAAUCUUGCUGAACUUCUUGUUGUUUGUCACGUCAGUGCUAUUAAAACUGUCGUCUUUGUUACUCUUCAGGUUGACCACCCUCAGCAGCAUGUCCGCCUCAGACGAGUUAGAUGAUAAUCAAGUUCGUCAGAUGCUGUUUGAUCUGGAGUCGGCCUACAACGCCUUCAACCGCUUCCUACACUCCUCUUAAAGCACCAAUCAAUCAUUGCUGCAACAUGUGUGAAAGUCUGACUCUAACAUCUCUGAAGUUCAAAAAAGAAACACUCUACUUUCUCCUUAUGGUCAUUGGGAGAAAGUUUUUCUGCCUCAUAUCCCUGAAAUUCUUCCUUCUUUUUUUUCUAAGUCUUAUUUAUGUUAUACUAUUCAAAUGUCCCCUUGUAUUCCUCUUCCGUGUCUGGUACAUCAUGCUCUCUGCAGGCUUGUUCACCAGGCCCCCUUUCUCUGUGCUGUGAGUGUCAUUUCGGCUCUCUUGUUGCCAAAACUGUGUGAUUAAUCUAAUAACGCUGACUGUAUAUUCUACCCCAUACAAAACUGUUUUCUCCAAACUUUGUACUGAAAUAUCUAAAAAGUCUAAUUUUAUACUUAAGUUUUGCAAAGCACCAGAAGAGAAGAAUAAUACACUUUGAUUAGGCAAGAUCUGCCAAUGAAGAAAAGGUUUUAAAAGCCAAUGCCUUUGUUUUCCUGAAAAAUUCUACAUUUUUUUUCAUUUUGGUACCCACGUUUAAUCAACUACCUGCACCACAGGGUCAGAUCAGAAGUUUUUGUCCCACACAAGCAUUUUUCAACAAGAUAUUUUAAGGGUGAGGGUUAGUUUUUGAUAAUGGAGCAAAACAAGCUGUUAAUAAUGGAAAAAUAGAGCAGCCAAAAUGUAGUUUCACCAAAAAAAAUGUUAGCCUGUACUGUAAAAUAAUUACUGAACAUUUGAUGGAAGGAAUUAUUUAUGCUCAUCUCCUUAACUAUCUUCUGUUAACUUGCAUAAUCCAUGUUUGGUUAAGAAGUAAGGGUGGCACAUCCAGUAGGCUGAAGUAAGGUGGACACACCCUCAUCAUAUAUUUGCUUGCUAAAUAUGUUUGUGACCCUCAAACAACAUCAGGGAAAACAUAUUUACCAAGGUUUAUCAAUGUAAAUAUUAGUUUUGAUUUUUAAAUAAGAGCAUGUAACACCUUUUAGAAAUAAAGUUGAAAAAUCUACCUCCAACUCAAUGUGUCCGUGACUG